AUGCCUCGCUCAUUCCUGGUCAAGAAGAUGAAACUACCCGACAUGGGAGACAAACCGCGUUGGGCUAUCGGAAACGGAGGUCCCGAUUCCCUCUCGGAAGGUGCAUUGGCUCCUCAACAGACACUUUUCGGAAACGGAUACUACUCGGAAUUGGAGAAGCUCGCAGACUACGCGUGCGCCUCCCCGAAGCUCUACGUUCCGCUGGACUAUCAGGUUCGUUCCAAGCCCGUACGAUCUUCGGAUAAAACGUAUCAUGAGCUGCAAUCUCCUCCGGACGCCACGGAAUACGUCGCUCAUCUCCACGAGGUCGAGAGGGAGUUUUUCGCCAAAGCACAAAAGACGUCCCAGAUUGAGGAGCCCGCAUUAUUGGAGAUUGAAGUUGUCAGCGAAGUACAAGAAGUCAAAUGCGAGGAAGAAGAGGAGGAAGAAGAACAGGAACAAGCCGUUGUGGUGCAGACUCGCCCCCGAAGACGGAAGAGACCCUGCUCAUCAGCGGCUUCCACCUCGGGAGACAGUGAGCGUUCCCUCAGCCCGGUGCACGGUCUUGGAAAAUAUGUCUGCGUCGAGUGUGGGAAGCAUUAUGCCACUUCGUCGAAUCUGUCUCGACAUAAGCAGACGCACCGCAGUCCCGACUCGCAGCUCGCGAAAAAGUGUCCGACCUGCGACAAGGUGUAUGUCUCGAUGCCGGCGUUGGCAAUGCAUCUCCUCACUCACAAACUAAGCCAUAAAUGCCAUACGUGCGGCAAAGCGUUCUCGCGUCCUUGGCUAUUGCAAGGCCAUAUGCGUUCGCAUACGGGUGAAAAACCGUUUUCGUGCGCGCACUGCGGUAAGGCGUUUGCCGAUCGCUCCAACUUGCGUGCACAUAUGCAGACGCAUUCCGGUGCUAAACAUUUCCAAUGUCCCCGGUGCUCGAAAAGCUUUGCCCUCAAAAGUUAUUUGAACAAGCACAUGGAGUCGGCGUGCCACUCAUCGAAGGAUGACGCUCAGCUGUUAGAAGAGGGCGAGGUGAUCCCACCACCAUCGACAUCGACACCAACAUCGAACAACAAGCACCAUAAGUAUUGA